UCAGUACCGUGCACAAUCAGUGUAGACCACAUUGCUGUGUGCGAUAGGCCGAGCUGAAACACAGCGCGCUCCUCUUACAGGAUAACAGAGGAACAUAUGUUUGCUCUAUAUACUCUGAUACGUUUUUGGUAUAUACUCGGAUAUGUUGAGCAUAUGUGAACGAUUGGCGUGAUGGCUGAGUGCAGGCCUUAUGAGUAUGAGCUGAUGUUAAACCUGUGAAAUGUAUGAUGUUUGUUUUUCUUUCUCUUUAAUUUACUUUAUUUUUAUUUUUAGGUAGUGUAGUUUGACCAAUCACUAACAUCUAACUACGGCAAUACCAACCUAAACUGAUAAAUCCUAACUGGACAAAUCCUGGCAACGCAUUUCCUUGUCCCAUGGAUCGCUUAGUUCCAUUCCCUGGCCAUGACAAGAAGGAAGAGAAGAUGUGAAGACAACUUCUGGACGCUCUGAGCCCAAGAGGCUAUGCGCCCUACACCAAAACAACAACAACAACUUAUCCUAUGAAUGACGAACAUUCUUAUUUCUUUCAACCACCUAUCUGCAUUUGAUUCUAGAAGUAUCGGGCCUGGGUGAGAGGCGGCUGGCCCUCCGUCGUCCCAGGAGCGUCGCCUGUCGAGGUCGGCGGGCCGAGUAGAGAGGACAGCAGAGCGGAGUACCGGCCACUGGAGGGGAUGCCGGCUGCCGCCGACGUGACGCUCCUGCUGUUCGCCAAGGCUCGCGAGCUGGUCGGGUCGCCGCAGGUGUCCGUAUCAGUACCGACCGAGUGCAGCGGCGCCGAGCUGCGUGAGCUGCUGGUGCAGACCUAUCCCCAGCUGGCUACGCUACAGGGCACGUUCAUUUUGGCGGUGAACCAGCGAUACCUGGAGGCCGACGAGUCGGUGACGAUUCGACGCGGCGACGAGGUGGCCGUCAUACCGCCCAUCAGCGGAGGCUAAUCCGUAGACUGCCACGAUGGACAUUUUACGUCUGACGAACGAGCCCCUCUCACUGGAGUCGAUCAGCAAGGAAGUUGGCAGUGACGACUGUGGCGCCAUCUCCUCGUUCUGCGGCACAACUCGUAAUUCGUUCGAAGACCGCCAGGUGGUGCGGCUCGAGUACGAGGCCUACGAGGAGAUGGCUGUUAGUGAGAUGAAAAAGAUUUGCGGCGCUUUGAGGGAAAAGUGGAGCCUGAAACAUAUCGCUAUUUAUCACAGGCUCGGUGUGGUGCCGGUCGGCGAGUCUUCCAUCAUCAUCGCCAUCAGCUCGUGCCACCGACGCGACUCGCUGGAGGCCGUGGCACACGCCAUCGACGCCCUAAAGGCGCGCGUGCCCAUCUGGAAACGCGAGGUGUACGCCGAGGGUGCCGGCGCAGAGUGGAAACAGAACGCCGAGUGCCACUGGCGACAGAAAGCUAAAGGUAGCUGAGGAGGGGGUGAGAGAGCGACAUCUAACGCUGAAAGGCACGGCGUGUGAUGGCACAGUAAAAGAGUGAAAGGAAACACUAGGGUGGGGAACUGCGACAGGAAUAGACUUUGAUGGUAUUGUCAAUCAGGGUUUGUGUUCAUGGACGAUGAAUAUGCAUUUUAACCAUUUGAAAGGUUAAUAUAAAUAAGACCUUCAAAAUGUGUCACCAUUUGAAAGUCCCAGCUGGAGAUGAUAACUUGUGAAGUGUCAUUAGAUGAUCCUGGUAAACGAUUAUGCCGAUUUUCACCAAACACGGUCAGUAGAUCUAACUGAGAUCGUUUUGUGUAAGCAGCAUGUGAGCGUCUUUUAAAUGUGCGCUAUGAUAUGAGGCAAGCUAUGGCGACGAUUCUUCAGUUAUUCGUUUUGUGACUUUGCUCUUGUUUGGUGCAUGCUGUCAUGGUGCAUCACUAGUACCUACUUUCUAACGAAACUCACAGAAUGAAUAGAAACAUGAAUAAUUCAAUUCGAGAAGUGCAAUUUUUUCCGAAUUUUAAUGAGUUUGUUGAAGGGGUAUGUGUGACCAUGUGUGUACCGGAUUUUAUCGUCUUUAAUUGAAUUGUAUAAUAUACCUUUAUUGCACAUGCACACGCACCAGCGAAAAGCUGAUAGACCGGAGAUGUCUGACGUGUGGGUAUUGUUAGUUAGUACGCUGUAGUAAAAUACGGAAUUAUGUUCACCUUUGGUGUAACUGUGUUUCUUAUAGAAUACACUCAGACACGUGA